UGUCACGAGACUGUCAGGUAAGUUGCGUGGAAAACCAAAAUCGCAACAUGGCGGCUGGAAGAGGACUUGCCGAGGAUCAGUUUCUUGACAAAGCUGUUCAAGUUUACAGAGAAUGUGCCAAAGUUGCUUCAGUGUCUAAAGCAAGACUAUCAAUACUUGAGCAAGACUCAAACUCCAACACAGUUGAAAUAAGCAUCAGCUCUCAGUGGUCUCAAAGAGAUUUGGAAAGAAAUGAAAAUCACAGCUUUCUCAGAAACCACAUUGCAAGUUAUGACACUACAUCGUUGAGUUUAAGUAAUAUCAGGGAACCUUCUUUUCCAGUGGAAACUCAAAACUUACAACUGUGGAGUACUUCUCUGAGUGGACGGUACCAGGCCAUUCUACGAAAAGUACCAGGGAACAAGGGACAGGAAGAUAAACAAUUCCUGGAGAUCUGGUCUCGGAGUCAUCUUGUUAAGAAUGUUGAUGUUUUAGCUUGUGAGAAGCAUGGCAAAAUUUACGAAGAUUCACAGUUUGGUUGUCUGGCUUGGUCAGUAUCAGAGAAGUACCUGUUAUAUGUGGCUGAAAAGAAGCUGCCGAAAGCUGUUUCAUAUUUUGAGAAACAGAAAGGUGAGGUUGCCUCGGACAAACCCCCUCCAGAAAAGGGAAAGAAAUUUGAUUUCAAGGAUGACUGGGGGGAGCAGCUUGUCUCCAAGUGUUCUCCUGUUAUUGUUUUGUUUGACAUGGAGAAUGAUGACAUCAGAGUAUUGGAAGGAGUUCCUGAUAACGUGUCUGCAGGCCAAGUCCGCUGGGGUCCAAAAGAUGAAAGUGUUGUGUUUGUCGGUUGGUUCAAUGAGCCGUACAGACUUGGCCUCAUUUAUUGUCCUAUUAGAAAAAAUGCCUUGUACUCACUAUCGCUAGAUGGAAAAAGUCUAGAACAAUUGACUGACGUCAAGUACGCCGUCCAUUCACCCCGCUUCAAUCAUAAGAAAGACAAAUUGAUAUACAUGGCACUGGAUAUUGGUGGGGCGCAUUUAAAAUGUGGAAGAUUAAUGCAGUAUGACUGGAUCGCCAAGACCACUUCAACUAUUAUUGAUGUUGUGGACAUUCCAGAAAAAGGCGGAUUUCCAGGGAUAUACAACCUGUACUUAACACUCGCUGAUCGAUGUUGGACGCCAGAUGGACACAGUGUCAUUCUCUCCACCGUGUGGAGGACUUCACAGAAAAUUGUCCUCAUUAACUGUCAAGACAAAACAGUAACAAAUUUGACUCCAGCUCCUGGAUCGUGGAGCUACCUUGAUAUCAACAGUAACAUCCUUUUAGCUUCGUAUUCGUCUUUAAACUGCCCACCAAAGUUGAUGGCGGCAGCUUUACCAACUGAUAUCCUGGAAUCUGGCUUGUCUUGGAUAGAAGUAGCUCAUUCUGAAAUUCUCAACCUGGAGAAGGAAAUUACAUGGAAGGUGAUGACAGUUGCACCCAGCGAGAACUCAGAUUUCAAAGAUGAAUAUGAAGCCAUUUUCAUCAAGCCAGUGUCGAGAGACGAAACGAAGCCCCCGCUUAUAGUUUUCCCACACGGGGGACCCCACUCUGCCUUCAUGUCAGAUUUCUCUCUCUACAUUGCUUGUCUCUGCAAACUUGGAUUUGCAAUCCUCGGUGUUAACUUCAGGGGAUCGUUAGGAUUUGGCCAAACACAGCUUCAUUCCCUGCCCGAAAACAUCGGAACGCAAGAUGUUCAGGAUGUGCAGCGUGCGGCUCUAAAGGUUCUAGGCAGUGGCGAAGUCGACACAUCAAACGUGUUUAUUACGGGGGGAUCCCACGGGGGAUUUUUGACAGCGCAUCUCAUUGGAAAGUAUCCGGAUUUCUACAGAGCUGCUGCUAUGCGGAAUCCCGUUGUAGAAGUAUCAUCUAUGGUGAGCUUAUCAGACAUUCCGGAUUGGUGUUUUUUUGAAAAUGGAGAAGAGUUUUGUUAUGAUGCUGUCCUAGAUGGUCAAACAUUAGCCAGCAUGUUUGAAAAGUCCCCUAUCGUCCACAUUAAAAAGGUUAAAACGCCAACUUUGAUCAUGUUGGGAGAAGAUGACCUUCGGGUUCCUCCAAGUCAGGGAAAAAAAUACUACAAAAUUUUAAAGGCUCAAGGGACUAAGGCGAGGUUGCUUUCGUAUCCUGAUAACAACCAUCCAAUCAGCAAAGUCGAGGCCGAGAGCGACGCACUUAUAAACAUGGCAAGGUGGUUCCAUGAACAUUUGUUGAAGUAACCUCCGGCCUCUAUUCCGUGAUCGUCACUGGCAGCGUGGAGAGUGGACUCAUAAGUUUGUGUAUCAGUUCCUCCGCCGUAUAAAGGAGAGACAACCGGAAAUAAAAUUUGGUGCAGGAUACGUUUUCUCUGUCGGACGAAAAUGGCUUUCCGUAGGGAGGGGGUAAGAAACGUCUUUCCAUCCCCACCAUGAAAAUAAACCAUUUACGUUGAAAAAGAUAAAGAGCAAGUUUUGAAGCUUUUUUUUUUAAACUACAAUUGAAAAGGACGUUUAAAACGUUUCUUGAACUGUCGGGGGUAGAUGUAGCUGCUCGAUAUAGUUUGUUGUAUUACAGAUAUCAUUUAAAAAGCUAUGGUUUGAGAAUAUCAUUGACAAUUAAAUUAAAGGUGUAAGGUAAUUUAAAACAGUGUGUUAAGGAGUGUGAAGCAAUACCACUCCGAUGGGAUACGUUUGAAUCAUGUUUUACGUAAGUUGCUGUAAGCCUCGUUUUCAGAAAGAGGCGAGAAACUCCUAUUGAGAAAGAUGUUAUUUUGUUUUCAUCAUCAGUAAAAGUUUGAUCCACGAUUUAUAGCC